CAUUAAGAAUAUUUAAGGGGCUUUGAUAUAUAUAUAUAUAUAUAUACACAUAUAUAUUCCAUACUCCAGGAGCUCAAAACCCCCUAUCGAUCGACAUGAACAUGGAAGAGUUACACAUGGCAGCUGCAGCGUACUAUAAUAAUUCCGCCUCUCAUCUUAAGCAGCUAGCAGCAAACUUCUUCUACUCAAUGGAUACGAAUGGAGAUGGCCUAGUUAGCUUCGAUGAGUUCUACAACUUCUUCCGGCAAAGCGGUUACAACUGGAUUGACCCCAACUUUUUCCGUAGCUUGGAUCGUAACAGGGACGGUAGCCUGGAUUUCUAUGAAGUCCUCACGCUGUACUACGUCAUGAAAACUCGUGGUGUGUGGUGCCAAAACUGCAAAGCUUGCCUUAUGGAACUCUAUUUCACUUGCGUCCAAUGCUUUGACACCGCUCCCACCACCUACGAUCUCUGUGCUUCCUGUUAUUAUAAACGGGAGUUCUGCCACUACCACGCCACUACUGACCCCUCCUUCUUGGAUAACUACGUGUUGCUACGGUCAAAGAGAGGGCUUCCCCCUGGUGAAGCAAAUCUCAAUCUGGCACUAGUUCCACAACCUUAUGCUGCAAAUGCACCUGAAAGGAGUAGUUGGUGGACGGCAUUCCAAGCAUUGGAUAUGGUGCUUAGUGUCGGGAAUAUUUUGGCUAGCUGUAGCAUCAUGUGAGGUUAUCAAAGAUGGACAAGCUAAAGCAGAUCGAACUGCAUGGCUGCAUUUUUGGGAUUCAGCAAUGGGCCGGCGCGCAUAAGGGAAAAUUUUAGUGUAAUAUUGUCUUUAGGAAUAAAUUCAAUUCUAAUUGCAAAAGUAUCUUUUCUAUAAAUUAAUAUAUUAAUGAUGUACGUAAUUGCGUCCCUUUUCCAAAGAAUAAGAGCGAAUGGAAGUUUGUGAGCUGGUUGCCUUCUCUAAGCAUCCUGAUAGGUUAUUACUUAACACCUUGCCAAAAUUAGUGAGAUUUUAUUUUUUUUCUGCACCAAUUGUCUUUGUAAUUUAGUAACAAUUAUUCUUCUUCAUAUCCGUAAGAUCAACUUGUCAAAGUCCGUAUAAAAUCUUAUCAU